AUGUAUUCCUCCGAUAGCAGCGACGAGAAGAAGCUGUGGCUCGAGGCCGAAAGCCUCCGUCGCAUCGCCUUUUUCGGCAUCUGUAUCAGUACCGUCGCCACUCUGACGGCCAUCGUUGCUAUCCCGUCCCUGUACAACUAUAUGCAACAUGUCCAGUCUUCCUUACAGACGGAAGUCGAGUUCUGUAAGCAUCGGACGAAUGGUCUUUUCGACCAGUACGAACGAAUGCAAAGGAUCAAGGGAAUUCGAGGAGGCCUCGUGAAACGUCAAGCUGGGUAUGAAACUCCCAGCGAAUAUAAAGGCCCAACUGAUGCUGGAGUGCAAGCUGACACUACUCAGCAAGCCUCUAGUUGCUGCAGCUGCAAAUCAGGACUUGCAGGGCCACCUGGUCCUCCUGGUCUUGACGGUCCAGAUGGAAAAGACGGUCAGCCAGGAGCCAACGGAGAGCCUGGAACUGAUGCCGAACCGGAUGCAGUACCUACCGCUGAUGAUUUCUGCUUCGACUGCCCUGCUGGUCCCCCCGGACCUCCAGGAAACCCAGGACCCAAAGGACCUAAUGGAAACCCAGGAGCCGAUGGGCAACCUGGCCCCGAUGGCCAACCUGGACAGCCCGGACCUCCUGGACCACAAGGACCACCUGGUGCAGAUGGAGAACCUGGCCAACCUGGAAGUUGCAGUUCCCGAUGGACCAGCUGGACCCCAGGACCACCAGGACCACCUGGACCCGAUGGACAGCCCGGAGCGCCUGGUCAACCCGGAAUGGACGGACCUCAGGGACCACCCGGAGAUCCAGGACGUGACGGAGCGCCAGGAAACCCAGGAGCUCCUGGAGAACAAGGACCUCUCGGCGAGACUGGAGCUGGAGGUGGCUGCGACCACUGCCCUCCUCCAAGAACUGCUCCUGGAUAUUAA